CAGACCUUGUGGCCUGCAGUUCCCAAAUGUUGGAAGCAUCUCUGAGCACUGACCAAACACAACAUUAACAGUUUGCAAACAUUGUUUGAUUCCUCAGAAGGCCUUUGCCACGCAGCAGCAGGGGUUUGAGAACAGUGGGGGAUUUGGCCAAUUAGAUGAGGUGGUGAUUUAGGUGGCCAGAUUGGGAGAGUCACUGUUGGCUGCCGGCCAGGACACUGGGGUUGCCACCCCUGAUCCUCAAGCAGCCAUGCCACCAGUUCCUAUAGGACCACAGUGAGAGGACAGAACGAACAUUUGAUGACCAGUGCUGCACAAAUUCUUCCAAAAUAGUUGCUUCUCAGCCACAGUGAAGCCUGUGAGGGUAUUAACUAUGAUCAUUUUCACAAUUAAAUUACAGUUUGAUGAUUUUUAUUUUAGUUAAUAAGUUAACUUCCCAGGCAAGAAAAUGGUUAAAAUGUUCAUUUCAAGCUUUUCUUAUUCAACUAACCAAGCAAAAUCUGACAAUUUUCACAUAUUAGACCCUGAGACCAGCUAAAGUUUGGCAGUUCUGGUGGAUAAAUUAUUCUAGAAUCAAUUAAUUCCCAAAACUGUGGGCAGACUUACCAACUUCAACCCAUUGUUUAAGCACUAAAUCUUGCAAAAUCAGAAUUAACUAUUGCACAGAAUAUUAAAAGAACAUUUUUUUUUGUUGUAUAGUGUAAAUGCACAAUAUUUCUUAUAUUAUGUGUUGAAAAUUCAGUCUGAAAGGUGCCACUGUUUACGAUGGAUGGGCCGGAGCUUCAAGUCAUUCUGUUACCUAGAUCACUCUGUACCUCCCACUGGAAGAGGAAAGCACAAUUACCUGUUCUUGUCGGGGUAUACAGGCCCUGUCAGCAGCACCUCGUGCAUAAUACAUACCUGACAUUCUGCUAACGUUACCUGCCACAUGUAACCAGUCACACUGUAAAAGGUGUUUGUCUGCUCCCUCGCCACUCCAAAUGCUAGAUAUUUAAAAUUAAUGGCUGUGAUUAAGAUACUUUAAAACCCGCAAAUGGUAUAUUUAAAUAUUAAGUCACAUGUAAUUAAGCAGGGAGAAAUAUUCAUCCCCGUUGUUAGGGCAAUUAUAACAAUUUCCAUCAAGGGAUUUCUCAGCUUGACUUUUGUUCUGAGCGAUAGUGAUUAACAUUAUGGUUAAUUGAAGUCAUUUUCCAAGACUUGGGGUAUUUCUUAUUCCCUGGCCUUAGAAGAAAGGAAGGUGGACAGAGCGGAGGCAGCGGGUUCUGGUGGAGAGUCUUAACAACAUGAUUUUCUCCUCCCUGGUUCCUUCCUGUGAGCAUAUUUAACUUUGUGUAGGGGGGUCGUCCCCAGGUGGCUGAGGAGGUCAGUCUCCCCUGUGGGGGCGGUGAAUCAGUGGACAGUCGGAGAUGAGGGCUCAGUGGGGAAACGCCACUCAGGUUAGCAGCCAUUUCCUUACAUCACAUCGGAUGGUGUGAUGUCCACCUUGUUGGGCGAUAACAGCUUGUUAUAAUUCCACAUGUAAUGGUUUUCUCCUCAUUAGACAGUCCCAUUAAAACUAUAUCAGUAAUUGAGCUAUUAACUGAGUGGUAGGUAAAAAUUACAGUAUGAUAGUUUAUAAUACAAUGGUUGUAAUAAUUUAAAGUCUGCAAUCAAAAUGUGUUGUAGCUCAGUUUCACUGCAGAAAGAGAAUGACGUAUAUGCAGAGUCUGGCACUAGAUGGUUGUUAGGGUGAACAUUUCUCAUCUUUAAUCUGACUUUAAGAUGUGCAUGUAGACGCAUGAAGCAAAUCACAGUUCAGUAUAGAGCUGAAACAAAUGUGAGGAUGGACAAUAUUUUAUCUAAAAGGCAGAAGGAAGAGAUGUUUAAAAAGAAUUUAGUAGAAACCUUGUCAAACACAAUGUAUGAUUCUAAGUAGAGCCUUUUUGUGGCCCAUAACAAAUCUGGAGGGGAAUUUUAAUUAGAUCACAAGUUUAGCAACACAUAUAGUCCCUGAGUCAGGUGACAUUGACAAAAAAAUACCACUUUUAUAUCCAAAUUUUACAUGAAAGCCACUCAUGAGAAUAAGUUUUAAAGCUGAUGUAGUUGCUUCAACCAUAAAAUGUGAAGCAAAGGCAAGUAAAACCGACACCGUCAAUCAAACUGACAAAUUUGUCAGAAUGAAUUCCUCACCUGUUUGUGCGACAAGUUCACCUCUACUGUUUGUCAUUUGCCAAAAUUGCCAUUUCAUUACCCUAAAUCUGUUUACAGGAUGAUUUGCUGAUGCGCCCCGAUAUCAGCUAAUUGCUCUUGCACAGAAAGCGUGCAGUCAAACAGUGGCCCCUCUGUUCAGAUGCUCAAAUCAAGACAUAAUUGUCACCCAGCAUUCAUGCCAGACAGUACAGCUCUAUCCACAAAUCUGUCUUGGUGUAAGUAAUAUGCCUGCAUACUGUCAUGAGUGACACGGGCCUCUUCUCUGCAGCACCGUGACCCGUUUUAAAGAUCAACGCCAACCCAUGAGCACGCACCCAGCGGUUGUCCUGCCUCUAAAUGUUAUUACAGAGGGAAGCAAGGUCAGAUUGCAGAAAUGAUGAUACAUGGGAAGCACUUUUGAAAUAAGAAAGUCUUCUUUUUUUGUGCUGCUGUGUCGCAUAUUGACCUUGGCAUUUCUGACAAUAGCAUCCAUCACACACAUGAAACCUUUCCAACAGGCAACACUGGUCUGCUGAGCAGCCAAGUGAAUCAGAUUAAGGAAUAACACCAGUAGAUGGAUGCCUGACGUCAAAGCGGCAGAGGGAUCAACCUCCCAGUUCCUCGUGCAUUCCACUUCCUCUGCAUCUCCCCCCGCACUGCCUGCCUGGGUUAUGUUUCUCAGAUUUUGACACAAAUGAUUAACUGCCACAGGGUUACCGCGUUUUUGAUCGAUACUACAGUAUCAUAGCGGUGAUUAAUCUGGUGUAGCAUUGAGAGGUUGUCGAUUGAAUCAUCUGCUGACCAGGAUCCGUCAGUUUAGAGAAAAGUUCUGUGAGACUAAAGUCUGUUACUUAUGUAUAAUCAAACACUCCCUCCAUAGUUGUUGUUUGUUCUUUGCUAAAACUUACUUUUAUGACAAGUAAUUACAAUUUGCUAUAAUGUGACUGCCCUGUAAUAAAAUGAACAUGAGUACCUUUAUAGGCUUUCCAACUCAUCACUGCAGGACAUCCCUCAUAGGACUAACUAAUGAAACACCAAUUCACUGCACAGUCACUGUUUUCAAAAAUCCAGCAUGUCUGGUUUCAAUUUUCCUUAAUGGUUGCAUUACCGUAAAAUAAAAAUUAAAAAAACAUGAUCUCACAAAGAAAUGACUAAUUUUACAGUGAUCCUAAAGUAAGAUUCCAAGCUUAUGGCUGCUUUGCUCCGGGGCCUGAAAACAGUCAGAAUUUGAUCCGAGCAGCAACACAGAAUAUCCUCCAACACCUGUCUGAUAAAAAACAAACAAAAAAACCCCACAAUGACAGUGAAUUCAGAGAACGCCUCCAAGAAUGACUUCAGAAUUCAGAAAACAUACACCGUCUUUGUUUGAAUUUUUCGUUAGACAAAUAAAUCCCAAUAAAAUUUCUUGCAUGGUGUGAUUUAAGGGGUACAAUUAAAAACAUUAAGAGUUUUGCUCAUUAAUGCUUUUUAAUGGGUGCGAUCUGACACUUCUGAGAAGAAACAAUUUGUACGGAUUAUAUAAUGAAUGAGAAAAGCACUCAGUUAAUGCUGGAGUUUUUGAGGAGAGAAAUGCAGACUACAACACCGCUAAAGCUUUGUACGGGGUGCCAGCAUGGAAAAAGACAUUAGCACAGUGCACGUGUAGAUGUGUGUGUGUGUGUGUGUGUGUGUGUGUGUGUGUGUGUGUGUGUGUGUUUCAGACAAGGGCUGCACUGAAGUACUCAGCUGGGAGCAUCCAGUCAGUGACCCCUGUCUUUCCAACUGUGUGGAGAGAACUCUUCAGUGUGCAUGCAUGAGUGUGUGUGUUUGUGUUUGUGUGCGUGUGAGAGAGAGAGAGAGAGAGAGAGAGAGAGAGAGAGAGAGGAAGACGAGUGUGUGUUUGCAGGACAGAAAGAGCGAGACAGAGAGGCAGUGAGAUAGAAGUACAGCACAAAGAACAGAGGAGCAUUGUGCAGCGCUGAGCCUCCUCAGGUCCGCCCCGAGCUCGCCGUCCACAUGCUGCAGCUCGCGGUGCACAGCCUGAAGAGAAGUCCUGAACCGCGCCGGCCUUUGCACUUUGCACUGACACCGACUCACACAGGGCAACAUGGCCGCCUCCCUGUAUUCGUCUGACUCCGGCCCGGUUCAACACACUCCCUAAGCUGCAAGGAAGCAGCAGUCUCACUUCUCAGCGUGAUGGUGUUUUCUACAAUCAAGUUUUACGGUGUGCCAGCAGGACACCAUGUCUACAGGGACUCUCUGGAGAAAGAGGUUUCUGUCAAAUCUGACAAAAUGAAUAUGUAUGCUGUGCCCAACCCGGGAAUACCAGGCUGUCCACCAGGAUUAGAAUACUUGACUCAGGUGGAUCAGCUACUCAUCAAACAGAAAGUUGAGCUUGUCGAAGCCCUUGUUGGUUUCGAGAGCAAUAACAAGUAUGAAGUCCGCAACUCCAUGGGCCAGAAUGUGUUCUAUGCCGUCGAGGAGAACGACUGCCUGAGUCGACAAUGUUGCGGUCCGCUGCGUCCCUUCACCAUCCACGUCCUCGACAAUUUCGGACAAGAGGUCAUCACAGUGAACAGGCCGCUAAAGUGCAUGUCUUGCUUCUUCCCCUGUUGUUUACAAGAGCUGGAGGUGCAGUCUCCCCCCGGUAACACAGUGGGAUACGUGCAACAACAGUGGCAUCCGUUUUCUCCUAAAUUUAUUGUUGCAAAUGAACACAAUGAGCCUGUAUUGAAGAUCCACGGGCCUUUCUGCGGAUGGAGCUGCCUUCCAGAUGUUGACUUUGAGAUUGUGACGAUGGAUGAAGUCAAUAAGAUCGGGAAAAUCAGUAAACAAUGGACAGGACUACUUCGGGAAGCUUUCACAGAUUCAGACAACUUUGGCAUCCAGUUUCCCAUGGAUCUGGACGUGAGAAUGAAGGCGGUGAUGAUUGGCGCAUGUUUUCUCAUUGAUUUCAUGUUCUUUGAGACGACUAACUAGAAGCCUAACAGGAUUCCUAUGUAACAUUCCUGGAGGAAGAAGGCCACUAAGCCACGAGUCAGUCCAAAAUGCCCUAAAAGAGAACAGCCUUCAAACGGAUAGUGUCACGAAAGUACCGCGAGGUACCUACAUGUUAUAAUUUUGCAUGAACAAUGAAGUAGAAGGUUUGUUUUAGUCGUAGCUGCUCAGGUUGGUUGUAAGAUCAUGCCACUGAGCUGUGAGUGCACGAUAAAGACGUUUUUUUAGACAGUAUUUGUGAGGAUUUUUUUUUUUUUUUUUCAAAUGUGUGUUUUUACAUUAUGGUUACCGAUUUCAUUUGGGCGCAAAACCUUUAGUUGCAACAAAAACUCAAACAGAAAGGUAACACCCAUGUACAAGUAAAGGGAAUACAGCUGUUACACACUAAUAACUAAUACAAUUGGUGUUAUUAUGGUUAGUAUGUAUUAGUCAAGAUGUUUGUUCACAUAAUCCACUAUGCUUGCAGCUAUAUUGUGUGAGAGCUAAAGGACUCAUGUAAUGUAGUAAUUUGUGGUUCAGAUAUCCAAUGCCCUUAUUUAUUAUUGAUUUCUAUUUUGGUUUUCACCUUGUCAAUUUAGAGUGUGUGUGCACUGAUUUGUGCAUGUGUUUGUUUGUCUGUAUGCUAUGAGUGUACUUAUGUGUGUGUUUUAACUGACACACAAAUGAUCAUAAUGUAGAAUACAAAGUAUAUUUAUAUUUUCAAUUGCCACAAUAAUUAUGCAUUGUCACCUCUGCAGAGGUUGUUUUUUAUGGAAUAGAUGGGUUAUGCCUCGAUGUACCGUCCCAGGUUUGUCCACAAGAGAGAGCUAGAUAUUCAUCUAUGAGUAACCCAGCACAUAGUCCAAAUGAACAAUCUCAACACCUGCUUAUGCCACAGGAAUUUAUUCUGACAGUAGUGUCUGAUGACAUAGUAUAUUUUUGGACAAACUCAGGUUGAAUUGCAUGCGACUGUAUCAUUGUGUUGGCUACUGCUGGCUCUGGGAAUUACACACCCACACCUGAUACUAUGAGUAUACAGAAAGAUUUUGUUUUUGGAGAACAUUUUGUACAUUAAAUCAUCUUAAUAUCCAUA